AUGGAGCUCCAGCCGUCGGAUCCCUGGUCAGCUGCUCCGGUGGGCUCUCUUCUCGGCUGGUCCGUCGCCGGCCAAUGCUGGUCUGGUCACGGGAGCAUGCGGCGUCUCGGUCUUGUGCAGUUGUGCCCGGGAGAUAGCUAUUGUUCGCUGCAGGCACUCAGCACUUGGGCAGUUCGGUUGUUCAUUUUGUUUGUUGUGUUUGGCUGUUGGGCUGAGAUGAAGUGUAAAGAGCAAGAAGCCAUGGAGAAGCUUGGCAUGAAGGCCGUUACUGGUGUGAGCCGUGUAACUAUCAAGCAGAGCAAGACAGCUACGUUUGUCCUCUCCAAGCGAGACGUCUUCAAGAGCUCGCACUUAGAAACCUAUGUCAUGUUCGGGGUGGUCAAGAUGGAGGAUAUGAACACUCAGCUCAUGCAGACACAAGCGGCGGAGCAGUUCAAGGCGCCGGGACCGAACAUCGUCAUCUCAAAGGGUGAGCCGUCUGUGUCAUCAGCCCAACACAAUGAGGAGGUCGAAGAGACCUGCGUUGACAAGAAGGAUGUCGAGCUCGUGAUGGCACAGGCCUCCGUGUCGAGGUCCAGGGCUGUGAAGGCGCUCAAAGCUGCUGAUGGUGACAUUGUCAGCGCCAUCAUGAAGUUGACUAACUAG